AAACACGCACGGCUGAGUUUGCAAAACAGCUGUGUUGCAGGGUGUCUUUGCAUAUAAAGGGAUUAGGCUGUAAUUAAUGUAGUAUUAGUGCGUAAUUGCUACUCUUCAAAAUGUUGAAUAUAAAUAAAGUGCAGUUAUUUGAUUGGAUUGCGUCCAGCUACACAUUGGUAUUUUGGCCAACAUAAGUUGCGACAUAAGUCCAACAACUUGGACAUUUUCUGACUAUGAUUUCACUGCUGUACCUGCACCGGAAAGGUAUGGACUUAAACGAUUUAGCAACGCAAAUGAUCGGACUGAGUAUCGUGUACCAAACAAAAAUAAAGCAUGGUAGGGUGGAAGUGGCCGAACGUAGAUUUGUUUAAUUAGCCGAUCCGGAAGUGGACUCGAUACGCGGUGGGAAUGAAACGCGGCAUCAUCACAUCAUCGCCGUCAUCAUGGAGGCUGGACCCGAUCCCAGAUCUAGUCUGCAGGCUGUACGGAGGAGAUCCAUCUGAGAGGUUCAUAGCAGGCGUACUUAUAUGUAUCUCUGAAUGCAUGGUGUCGGUCAUCGGACAGGCUGGCGGUCAAAUAAAAACGCGGUCCGGAUCUUAGAGGGAGACAGCGAACAGAUGAUGUUGGGAUGAUAAGGAGCUGAGGAGGGGAGUGGGCCGGGGGAGUGAUCCAGUGUGUUGUGAAUAACUGGACGGCGGUACCCUGGUGUUGGAGCUGCUAGCCAAAAACUAGUCCGCCUGGUUCUUCAGCUCCAGUGUGCAUGAAGCUCCGUCUCCAGCAACCAGCCAUGUGAAGGAACGAUGGCCGAAGGAUAACAUCCACGGAUCACGUUCCCUCACCGUGUGGUGACCCCUGUUUUCCUGUUGUUCUAUCACCGCUUCCUCGUCCCGUAAUCCACCUCCCCCACCUCCGUUUGUCCUCUCGUAAUUCUGUCGAAGAAAGGAAUUCAUACCUGCAGAACGGUCACCAAAAUAAUUCAUCCCCUCUGAUGGCAAGGGACCAGAGUUAGGCAACACCCCUAACAGAGGGCAGCAUUAGUGGACCGCCACUGACUUGCUUCUCCAUGUUCCCACUGUCUGCCUGCUCCAUCCCUCCCUUGUGAGUGACACCCCGGCUUGUGAAAGGGGCAAUUUAUUGUUCCACACACUGUCCCAACCUGUUGCGUCUCUCCUCCAGCCUUUCUCCCUCCUUUGCUGUGAUUGGGUCAUGGUUCGCAAAAAAAGCUCUUUGAUUCUGUGUGGAGCCUUCCUAUUCGUCGUCUGGAACGCUCUGCUGCUGCUCUACCUAUGGGGGCGUCCGCCCAGUCUUGGAGAGGCGGGGGGAGGCGCUGAGCCCGGCGGGAAGGAGGAGUGGGGGGGUGACCACGGGGCCAGGGCCAACCUGGCGGGGGAAGUGAUCCGAUUGGCUGAGGAGGUGGAGGCGGAGCUGGAGACUCAGAAGAAACUGCUGAAACAAAUUGAGAGCCACAGGUCGUUAUGGGCUCAGCGGAAAGACCUGGGCAAACGGGCCAUGGACGAUGGGGGCGCCGACAAGCAGCAGAAGCAUCCGGAGAAACAGCCGCCCGGACCCCAGGUUCCCCCAAAAGACCCUUUAGACAAGAAAGACCAAAUCCAGGCAGAACAUUCCCAGGAGUUGAAUCCGGCUCCAGACCCAGAUCAGAAGGCCGUUUCGAUACAGGCGCAGCCCGUUCUGAAUAAUGAACUGGAAACCACGGUCACCAGCCCUCAGACAGUCAUUCCCAUCUUGGUGAUCGCCUGCGACAGGGUGACGGUGAGGCGGAGCUUGGAUCGGUUAAUCCAGUACCGCCCCUCUGCCAAGCUAUUCCCAAUCAUAGUUAGUCAGGACUGUGGCCACGCCGAAACGGUCCGCGUGAUUGGCUCGUACGGCGAUCAGGUGACCCAUAUCAGGCAACCAGACCUAUCGGACAUCAGAGUACGACCAGAGCACAGGAAGUUCCAGGGUUACUACAAGAUCUCCAGGCAUUACCGCUGGGCGCUGAACCAGGUGUUCAACACAUUCUCCCACUCCACCGUGGUCAUCGUGGAGGACGACUUGGAGGUGGCGCCGGACUUCUUCGAGUACUUCCGGGCGCUGUACCCCGUGCUGCGCGCCGACCCCAGCCUGUGGUGCGUGUCGGCCUGGAACGACAACGGGCGGGACGCCCUGGUGGACCCGGGCAAGGCGGAGCUGCUCUACAGGACGGACUUCUUCCCGGGCCUGGGCUGGAUGCUGCUCAAGGACCUGUGGGACGAGCUGGAGCCCAAGUGGCCCUCGGCCUUCUGGGACGACUGGAUGCGGCAACCCGAGCAGCGGCGGGACCGCUCGUGCGUCCGGCCGGAGGUGUCCCGGACCAUCACCUUCGGGCGCAAGGGGGUCAGCCUGGGUCAGUUCUUCGACCAGUACCUGCGCUACAUCAAGCUCAACGGGGAAUUUGUGCCUUUCACAAAGCAGGACCUGUCCCACCUGGUCAAGGAGCAGUACGACGCGCGCUUCGUCAAGGAGGUGUACGGGGCCCCCCUGGUGAGGGUGGAGGACCUGCUGCAGGGGAGCACCCUGACGGGGACGGGACCCUUUCGGGUGCAGUACUCCAGUCGGGACAGCUUCAAGGUGCUGGCCCGCAAUCUAGGGGUGAUGGACGACUUGAAGUCGGGGGUUCCCCGUACGGGCUACAGAGGCGUGGUUAGCUUCCUACAUCGCGGCCGCAGGGUGUUCCUGAGCCCCCCGGAGGGCUGGACCAAGUACGACGUGAGCUGGAGCUGAGGGGCUCUGAGCGCAGAGCUCAGAGUCAAGAGUCUGGCUGAAGCGGACGAACCUCUGAAACCAAAGAAGUGAUCACCGGUGUUAAUGAAACUAACUUGAGCUUCAUUCAUAGCCGCUGAAGGAUCAGAGGAUUUACACCGGUGGAGUGUAGGAAAACUGAAGUCGGUGAGCUGUAAUGGAUGAAACAUCCUAAAACCUUUAAAAAGAACCGGCUUAUGAAGGCUCUCUAAUGAUUAGAUCAACUCUGAUUGGUGUCAUGUGUUUAAAUGAUCAGCCUUUCUAUUUUGUCUACAGGUAAAUAACCCUCAGAACGGCUUCUGGUUACAGGCUUCAUAAGUGAUGUAAUCACUAACGAGGUCCACUUUUCUGCUUGAGCAGAUCUUUGUUAUAUCUUUAAAACCUACUGAGUAGCCCUAAUACAGUUCCAUAUUAAAUCAGAACAAUUGAAGAUGCCCAUCUUGAGAAUCACUUGGGAUGGUGAAUAAAAGGUGCAAAUGAAGUACUUAAGUAUGUGUGAAUGAACCAGGGUUAUAAUAGUAGCUUUUAACAGAGAGAACUGUAUAGGACAACUGAGAUUUAUUUUAUGAAAUUUUAUUUAACUCGCCUUGAAAUAGAACUGAAAAGGCUGUUCUUGCUGCAUUGACUCAAUAUCCAAACAUUUGGUCUGGCAUCACAUGUUCCUUCUGUUAGUGUCAACACCAUGAACAUAUAGGCCCAGUUAGAACUACUGUCCUGUAUCUCCAACCCAUGGUUUGGUUUUGAAGUUAGGUUUGUUGAAAAACCAAUAUUUUCUUUUCUGACGCGUUGGAAGAUUUGGGUGUAUCGGUAAUCAUUGUACUGUAUUUUCAUUUGGGAAAUGAUUGAGAGAAUGGAAAGAUUGCCAUUUCUUCACGGUAAUGUGUAAAACCACUGCCUGAUGCGUUUACAGUUUUAAUACAUUACAAAUAAAGCCAACUAUUUUGAUAUUUGCUCACACUGUGCGAGUCCAAUG